AUGGCCAAGCAACUCUACGGCUACGGUGCCACCGCGACAACGACGUCGGCUUCCCGUUCUCUAACAGAUUCAGUUUUAGCCCGAUACUUAGGCACCGGCUCGGACCCUAUAUCUUCGGAUUCUUCGAAGUACUCGGCGAGUUCCUCCAUGUAUCUAACACAGAGCGAAACCGCACUCAGAUACUCGGUCGACAGAGGCAUUUCCUCGGCGGUUGCUGCUGCAACUUCGCCGCAUUUUUCAUCUUGGCCACCGCCGCCUGGUGUUGAUGCUCCUUCCUCCGUUGAUUCGCUUGUUUCUGGCCUUAAACGCACUCCUGAAGUGCUAAUGACGCAUCCGUGUGUGCUCUAUCAUCCGACUCUUUUGGGUUCCCAUAGCACAAUUGGGCAAAGUGAAGAUUGGUAUUCUACCAAUGCUUUAGCUAAGCGUGCUAGAUUCGAGACUACAAGCCAUUUUCCUAUAUAUCCACAGAGGCCCGGGGAGAAGGAUUGUGCCCACUAUAUGCUCACUCGAACCUGUAAAUUUGGAGAUACCUGCAAGUUUGACCAUCCUGUUUGGGUUCCAGAGGGUGGAAUCCCAGAUUGGAAAGAGGUUCCCCUUAUUUUGACAAGUGAAACUUUUCCUGAGAGGCCAGGAGAGCCUGAUUGUCCAUACUUUCUAAAAACUCAAAGGUGCAAGUAUGGUUUGAACUGCAAGUUUAAUCAUCCAAAAGAAAACUUGUCUUUGGGCGCUUCAGAAAACGCCGAAGUUUCUGCUUUGCCUGAGAGGCCUUCUGAGCCUCCAUGUGCAUUUUAUAUGAAGACUGGGAAAUGCAAAUUUGGCACAAGCUGCAAAUUCCAUCACCCAAAAGAUAUCCAGAUACCCUUGGCAGGACUAGGGAAUGAUAAUGGACCGCAAACUGACUCUGUGUUUAAGAAUGAGGGAAUAACUGGAGAUUUCAAUAUGAUAAAGGCUCCCGUGUCAGUUAGCCCAGCCCUCCUAUACAACUCCAAAGGACUUCCAGUAAGACCGGGUGAAGUGGAUUGUCCCUUCUACCUCAAAACUGGCAGUUGUAAGUAUGGUGCCACUUGCCGCUAUAAUCAUCCUGAGAGGACAGCGAUCAAUCCACCUGCUGCUGCGAUAGGCCAUCCAAUUGUAGCUCCUUCUGUGGCAAAUCUGAACUUUGGAGUUUUCAAUCCAGCUGCCUCCAUAUAUCAAACUAUUGACCCCAGAAUGUCGACGUUGGUGUAUUCAAUUAUGGUGACUUUUACUAAUGCUGCUACCACUGUUUCUCCUGAGAAAUCUCUUGGCAUUCUUAUGGUUACAGAAAUUAUGCUGGGAGCGGGACCAACCUUCUACCCUCAACGACCUGGACAGACAGAAUGUGAUUUCUACAUGAAGACUGGUGAGUGUAAGUUCGGGGAGAGAUGCAAGUUUCAUCACCCUAUUGAUCGCUCUGUACCAACAGAAAAGCAAACUCAACAACAGAGUGUUAAGCUCACUCUUGCAGGAUUGCCUAGGAGAGAGGGUGCGGUUAACUGUCCAUACUAUAUGAAGACUGGCACAUGCAAGUAUGGUGCAACAUGCAGAUUUGACCACCCGCCUCCUGGGGAGGUCAUGGCCAUUGCCACAUCUCUUGGUGCAGAAGCGCUAGGAACUGAGGCUGGAACUGCCUAA